AUGAGACUUAAUCCCGAUAAGUGUGUAUUCGGCGUCUCAGGCGGCAAGUUUUUAGGUUUCAUGUUGUCAAGUCGGGGCAUCGAGGCUAACCCGGACAAAUGCCAAGCUAUCAUCGACAUGAGGAGUCCAUCAAACUUGAAAGAGGUCCAAAAGUUAGUUGGUCGACUAACAGCUUUAUCUCGUUUCCUACCAUGUAUGGCCGAGACUUCCAAGCCGAUCCUUGGCCUUCUGAAAAAGGCAAACAGAUUUCAAUGGACAGAAGAAUGCGAAAUAUCUUUUCAACUUUUCAAGAAAUGCCUCGGCACUCCCCCGGUAUUGACCAAGCCAACAUCCGGCCAAGAACUAAUCUUAUACUUGGGCGGUUUCGGGCGAAGCCAUAAGCGCCGGCUUGAUACGGGAACAUGA